UUCCCAGCUACGGUCACUCCUUCAUAAUAAUAUGAAGUAAAACAACAUAUUUUCCAACUAAUUUUAAACGAAAACGACCAGACUGCUAUUGUUUGGAUAAAAGGAAGUCUCCCAAGUGACUGUUACUCUCUCUUCCCCAAAACAAACGAACCAACAUGGUUGUUGGAUUUUUGGUGCGCAGCGGUCUGGUGGCCGGAACUGUUUACUAUACACAGAAGGUGGGCGUCUGGGGAAAUACGGAUCAGACGGACAAGCUCUAUAACACCGUGAAAUCGGAACUGUGUCCGUAUGUCAAGAAGCUCGAGAAGCAAUUGCCAUUCGAAGUUCCACAGCUGCCAAGAACGGGCGAGAUGCGCUUUCUGGCCAAGCACUACUACAAUGAGGGCGUGAAGAACACCUUCCACUUCAUCCAAAUGCUGCCUUGUUAUGCGGGCAGGGGCUUGAAAAAGGUUAAGGACACGUUCCAGGACUUUGCCAAAUCACCAGCGAUCACCGGCGGUGCGGAAUCCAGUCCGGCGAAGUAACUUAACCAACUGCUCUUCAAUGGCAGGCUGUUUUCGUGUUAGCUCAUAGUUAGCCUAUUGAAUAAUGUCGUUGUAAUGUGUCGUUAUUCCUCGAUCCGCUCGCCAGCAGAUCCGCGACUAUAGAUCUGUUCUCGACGUACUGAAACGCAUCGAACUGGAACUUCCAGUUUAGAAAUAAACAAUUUAACGUAGUAAGCGUAAGAUCGCACUGAA